ACAACAAUGGGUUCUAAUUAUGGAGAGAAAGACAAUGCAUGGGUCUGUGCAAUGAAUAAUUUGCUUGGAUCAGUAUAUUCUGGGGUAUUGAAAGCUGCCGUUGAACUCAACUUGUUUGAUAUCAUAGCAAAGGCAUCAGUAGUUGGUGUCUCAGCAUCUGAUAUUGCUACACAGCUUCCAACACAACACCCAGAAUUGGCUGGCAGGCUUGACCGCAUGUUAUGUUUAUUAGCGAGUAACUCUCUUCUUAUUUGUUCCACUCGCACAAAUAAACAUGGUAACAUUGAAAGGUUUUACAAGCUAUCCCCUGCUGAAUUGAGAGAACUAGAGACCAUUGGAAUUCACUUGGAUAUUUGUGAUCUAUUCAUCGAGGUAAAAGGGAGUUAGUAAUCUCACUCCAAACAUGAGAUAGUUGUUAGGCACUGAGAUUGACCUCAAAUCUUGUCUCUAUUGUAUGCGUGUCUAAGAG